GAAUGCGGAGCGGGAUCGGUCGCGGGAGUUGCUGCCGCUGACAAGCAUAGAGAGGACAAUUGCAGCGAGUGAAGAGAAGCAAAGGUGCAGGAGGUCGACACUUCUCGGGCGCCAGAUUCUUCGAUGGUGACGGCGAAGAGAAAUUGGGGCUGAGCAUAGUUCGCCCACAGAGGCAGGCAGCGCAAAUCGCCAUAUUUUGGCUGAAGAUUCUGCGCGACCACCGUGGGAAUGAAUGACGAGAGAGGAGGCUGAGGCAGAGUGGCCUUGAGGUGACGCGUCAGCGGUUGUUGAUGUUGUUGUUGUUGUUGGCUCGUGCUCUUCCUCUUCUCUGAGGUUUAUGGUGGUGGUGAUUACUUCCGGAAUUUUGAGUCGCUUGAGCUUUAGGCCAAUGCCUCUUCGGGUUUCGCGUUCCCGCUCAUCCUCGUCUCGGAGGCGGUACAUCGAGCAUUUUACCGCAGGCCUGGUUUUCAGAUCUCGUUAGAGGCUGGAGUUGUCGACAGUUCUGAUUGAGGUUUUUCCACUUGCUCGGAUUCUUGAAGUUGCGAGCCUGAGGAGGAGUGAAAAUCCAGAGAUUUCGUAAAGAACAGUGUUGUAUUGACGCGAUUCGGCGUUUCCGAGGGGGUCGGUUGCCGUGGUUCACUGACAAGAAUCUGUUUUGAUGGAGCUUGCUGUAGCUCGCAUUAUGAGUACGGGAUUGGAGAGCCCUACUUUACGUGCGGGCGGUGCUUGUGGAUCUGGCAUCCAUCUGUUCACACCACUCAGUAUCACCGCGCCCACUCUUACGCAAUGCAGAACGAAUGUCAGGCUCAAUCAUCAUACCUCUCCAUCGGUCGAUUGGUCCUGUAGCCAGCAUAGUUCGGCAGGAGCUUCAGCUUGUGCUGCUGCCAGUAGGGGAUUGAGGGAUGAUCGUCGGUCUCCGGCGUUUAGGACCAGACGCCUGCAAUCUGUGGCCUCUUUUAGCUCUGGAGGAAGAGGAGAGAAUGAUCUUCCUCAUAAUUCUUGCGUGGAUCAGAUUCGCGAGCAUAACAUCCGGUCUCCUAGUAGGUUGGAUUCCAGGGUAGGAGGAGGAGAACAUCCCUCGAGAAACAUUGAUCGGCAGUCUGCGUCAGCUGCCGGCAUAAGUAAUGCCUUUACUCUUGUUGAGCAAGCUCGAAGGAGUAGCCCUCCAUUGAUACUCACGGACGAUUCACGACGCCACACAAGCCAUUUCGAGAGGACCGAGGCGGAUUCCGCGUGUCAAAAGAGCUUGGUGUCACCUGGUACCAUAAGUGAUCCACUGAAGCAACUCUGCGUAGCUGUUGAUGUUGACGAAGUGUUGGGAAGUUUCUUGGCAACUUUAAAUGAAUUCAUGGCUGAAGAGUACUUGCUACAUCAUGACGUGUCAGAGUACUACAUCUACGAUUUCAUGAAGAUAUGGAAGUGCUCGCAAGCUGAAGCCAAUCAUCGUGUUCAUGCGUUUUUCGAGUCGAAGCACUUCAAGAAUGGAAUUCGUCCUGUUCCAGGCGCUUAUCAGACGCUUCUUCACUUGGCAGCCUACUGCAAUUUGGUUGUUGUAACAUCACGUCAGCACGUCAUCAGAGAACCUACUCUCGAGUGGAUUGAAAGAUAUUACUCAGGAAUUUUUAAGGAGGUUCAUUUUGGGAAUCACUUUGCCCUGGAAGGUUCGGCAAGGCCCAAAUCAGAAAUAUGCAGAUCACUGGGUGCACACAUCCUUAUUGACGACAACCCUCGCUACGCCAUGGAGUGUGCCGAAUGUGGCAUCGAAGUGCUCUUGUUUGAUUUCCACGGUAGCUAUCCUUGGAGCAAGACUCCUUGCGGUCCUCAACAUCCCUUGAUAACCAGAGUGAAAGACUGGAAGGAAGUUGAACGGGCUUUGCUAGCUCGCACCUUCGUGGAGCUGUAACAAAUGAAGCAAUUUAAGUUGUGAAUAUUUCACCACCGAUCGUUACAUUGUAUAAACUCUUAGAAACUUUUGAUUAGAUGGUGUGUCCUUAACGAGCAGAAAUCAAAUCUUUCCGUCUUGCCUAAGAUGAAACAAUCAACUGGAAGGAUGGAAACUGAUCGUCAUAUACGACAAGACCAAUUUCUUUAGGCUUUUAACCGAGGAAUGUGUUCACCUUCAAGUGAAGGAAGGUUCCUAUUCCGACCUCUUCGUCUCAAGACGUGCAAUUAGUUACAACUAUCAUUCACAGCUCUCGUCAUGAGGGCACGAUGCAGAAUUAAAUGGACAGUGAGGUCUUGUAUCUAAUUUUGUAAGCUGCCGACGUGCGCACGCCUCAUCGUCUCUGACCUCAGCAUUUGUCUGGAAUAAAUGACAGCUCAGAUAUUCG